AUGGCUGAAUGUAGAUUAGAUAUUUCAUGUCAAGUCAAGGUGAAUGUUAGAGUACCGUUCCCAGUUUAAGCGUGCCGAACCCAAAAUUUUUAGAACAAAAAUUUCGUCGUGUAAACGCAACUGGCGGACCAAAAAGCAUGGGUCCGCGUGCCAAAAUUUAAGCGUGCCGUACCCAAAAUGAAUGUCGUGUAAACGGGGCUAAGAUGUGGGAUAACCCAAAACUAAUGUCAAUAUAAUCCUUUUUAAAACAAUUAUUGUAUAAUAAAUAUAUAGUAUCAAUUCAAGUAGACAUUGAUAAACUACCUAUUAUGGUUAAUUAAUAUAUAUAUUUUCACACGUAUGUGAAUUGCAAUAUGUUUACAAAACUGUUAUAUAUCAGGAUACUACAGAUUACAAAUAAGCUAAAAAUUUAAAAAUAGUAAAACAUAUGAUCUGUCGGAUUGAUGAUACAUCUUAAGACUGAUUUUCAUAUGUCGCCGACGUCGGCGAUGCCCAUUGUCGUUGAUCAUUGAUGAGUAAAAUCUUUUGUCUACGUUCUUCUUCACUAAUCUCAAACAAUGGCAUCGCCGACGUCGGCAACAUAUGAGAAUCAGGCUUUAACUGUCAUAUGAUCUGCAGAUGUUAGACAGUUCACACCAAAAACAACUCUACAAAAUCUAUACUCUACUGGCUUCACCUAAUCUUCAUGUAUGUUGCCCACCCAAAGAAACCUCAAACAAUCUCUGUCGGUGUUUUGCACGUUGAGACCGUAGGCAUAGGGAUGAAGGGUGCCAAGUUAGGAAAUGCCACAUAUUUCGUCUUUGACAGAAGGUUCGGACUUUUAUAUCUGAAACACGGCGUCAUUGACAGCACCGCGAUGCUCAUCAAAUCGUGCACGUGACGCCUACCUACACUACUCUGCACUGGGCUCCCAUGAUGUUACAUGCAUUCUUCAUCUCUAACAGAAAAGUGGGAUAAUUUUAGUCCUGAUAGAUACACAAACUUUAGUCCUGAUAUAGAUAGUAGACAAAUAUGGACAUAUUCUAAUUGCGCUAAACAGGGCUGGAAAAAGUAUCGGAACCUGGGAACCUAGUUCCCAGAAAUUUUUUUGAGUUGAGAGUUUUGCAGAAAAUUUUCCAGAAAAUAUUUCAACAUUUUGAGAUAACUCUGUUUACUCAACUUACAAGUUACAACUAUUCUACUUUAUUUACACUGUACAUGCUAACAUCAGCAGCUUUUAAAUAUUUGACAGAAAUUAAUUCUUUUACCCACCCCUGCCAUCACAAUGACUGGUAAAAUGGUAAAUAUAUGCUCUGCAAAGUCUUCAAUAAAAUGCAAAUUAAAUAGUAAAACAAAUAAAAGUGAUGGAAUAAAUAAGAUGAUACGACACUUAGUUAAGCACUAGAUCCUUACUAUGAUGUUUGUGAUGUUAUUCUGAGUGUGUAUCCACACCGGGCAAGCUUGAAAAAUAUGCCUGGCCACGGUGUAUGUGAUAUUUCGGAACUGAGUUUAGUUCCUUCGACAUCAAUGUAAUCUAAAAAUCAUGAUUUUUUGUGUUGGUGUUGUGUACCCAGGUGAAUAUGAUGUUUGUGAUGUUACUCUGAGUGAAAAUCUCUGAGUGUGUAUCCACACUGGGCAAGCUUGAAAAAUAUGCCUGGCCACAGUGGGAAUCGAACCUAUAUGACCUUUGGAAUACUAGAUUACAUUGAUGUCAAAGGAACUAAACUCAGUUCGAAAUAUCACACGAAAUAUCGAACCGACCUGACCACGUAGCUCAGUUGGCAAAACAUUGGGCUAGUAAUCCAAAUGUCGUAGGUUAGAUUCCCAUCGUGGCCAGGCAUAUUUUUCAAGUUUGCCCGGUGUGGAUAUACACUCAAAGUAACAUCACAAACAUCAUAUUCACCUUAGUACAUAACACCAACACAGAAAAAAAUCAAGAUCCUUACUAUUUGGUCACAACUAUUGUGAUGUACAAGCGUACGAAAACCAGCCUAAAGCCCAUUAUUGCUAAAGUACAAAUAAUACAAUAAUUAUGCAUUUAUAAUAGUUUUGUUUGUGGAAACACCACGUAAAUUUAUUACUGCAAAGCUUUCGAUCCGUAAGCCCGGAUCUUCAUCAGUACUAUCUUCUUCUUCUUCAUAAAUUUACGUGGUGUUUCCACAAACAAAACUAUUAUAUAUUUUAUCGCCAUGCAAAACAUACAAAGAACUUAAUUAUGCAUGUGUUUUGUUAUUUUUGUAAUUGUAACAUUACAAAUUUUACAGAAAAUUUCUAGCCUUCGACCCAGGUUCCCAGAAAGAAAAAAAAAUUUUCCACCCCUGGCGCUAAAUGACGAUCAUAAGACGGCAUAAAUUAUUCCUAUACUCUAUACGUGUUUAGCUCAUAGACGACUGGCCAACCAACUUUCAUACUGUAAAGUCACAACUGGCAUUUUGUUAUAGCUUACUCAUUGGUGUACAAGGCUGCUAUAUAUGUGUUAGGGAGCAUUCAUUUUUUAGCUGGGGGGGUGGGCCGGAGGAAUUUGGGGGUGGGUCAGCCAAUUUUGACAUGCUUCAAAGGGGUGGGUCUUUUUAUAGUUUUGGUAUAAAUGGAGGGGGUCAUAAAAAUAAUCAGUGAAAAAAUCACCAGUAUAAUUUUAUAGAAUUUGGAAAUAUUUGGAUCAAGAAUGGUAAAAAGGUCUAGAAUCUAUCAACUAUCUCGUCAUCUUUAACAAUAAAGCAAAAUUCAUUUGACGCUCUGUUCACACAGUCCAUAGGAAAACAUUUCCAUGACGUUCGUCAAUUGACCUCGUUUUUAUCCGUUUUCGUGUGAAAACAUGAAUGAAAGAAAACGCAGGACCGUACUGAUGAUUUCAAAAUCAUGCAUGAUUUCAAGGUCUGCAUGAUUUCAAAAUCAUGCAGACCUUUAUCAAUUUUAAGCUUUAUUAAUUUUAAGCGGCUACAUUAUCCAUGACAAACUGCAAAGAAUGAAGAUAGUACCCACAGUUUCCUGCAAAUUAUCCUAAUUAUCCAAUAUAUAGUUAAUUAAAUACGCCUUCUCCCCGCAUUUAGUACUAUCAAGUUGUCAAUUUCGACAUGCUAAAACGCUAUUUUCUGACCAUCAGAAUUCUGUCAAAUCUUCCCCAAAGUCCAGGAAAUGGCAUUUCAGGGACUCUAGAUUUAAAACUUCCUACGGCUCUGAAACGCUACGGAAACGACACCGUGUGGAUUGAGGGCCUGUCACACUAUUGCGUAUGAGAGAAACGUAUGAGAAGCGUAUGAAAAUUAAUGAAAAAAUUUUUAUACGCACAAAAAUCCUUUGAAAUGCCAGCGUAUGAGUACCGUACAUCUGGCGUACCUCUAGCGUAUUCAGCGUGUGCCUAGAGUAUGUUUAUCGUAUAAAGCAUACGUCCGAUACGCACAAAAUUUUUGAACAUGCUUAAAAAAAAUGUUCUGCCUCGCCGUAUGCCAGCGUAUGCCAUCGUAUGCGACCGUGCUUGAAACGUAUACAACCUAUGCCUGACGUACCCCUGGCAUAGCGUAUGUCAGCGUAUACCGGCGUAUGAGUGAUAUUUUUCAUACGCUGGCAUACGCUAGUACGAUACGCAAUAGUGUGACAGGGCCUUUAAUAAUAGUUAGGAUGAGGGGUCAAAAAAAAUUUCAGUAAAAAAAAUAGGGGGUCAUAAUUUUUUAUCAACUUUUCUCUUGGGGGUUCCAAGUUUUAGCAUGGAAUUAGACAUCAGUUCCUCCGGCCCACUCCAGCUAAAAAAUGAAUGCUCCCUUAGCACUUCUGAUAGUUCUGAUUUGACUUUACUGCUGAAAUGGUGGGAUUUGUUUAAAUUUUGCGUAUUAAAGUACUAUGUUGACUAAGUCUAAAAAUGUAAAAUUUUAAAUUUAUUAAGUUAAGUCACAUAAAUAAAGUCAGUACCAUUAGAAAGUUCGCAAAAAGGUAUAUAAUAUAAUCGACUAUGAAAAUCAUAUUACUCGCUUCAAUGUCUUAUACAUACAUUUUUCUAGUGCGAACUUUCUAAUGGUACAGAUUAUUUUUGGUAAAAGUAAACAUGAAAAUUUACAUUUCUAGUCAACAUUGUACUUUAAUAAGCCAAAUUUAAGUUGCCGACACGCUGUAUACAGUCUUGCUCACCAAUGUUUGAACUAUAAGAAAGACCCCCCCCCCCCUCUAGUAGUGUCCAGCACCCCCUUGAAGAAAACUCUGGUAUUUCAUAUUUGAGUUGCGAAUGCUAUUCUGAUUAUACUGAAACGCGAGAAAAUAUUCAAACACCAAUACGGCGGGUCACUAUAUGACGUAGCAGUUUUCUUAAUUUUUAAUUUUUUCGAAAUACAAGUACUGUGAGAACAAAUUCAAGGAAUAAACGUAUUUUUCAGAAUACAGGAAUGGCAUUUCAGGGCUUCGGAUUUCAAACAUUUUCUGGACGAGAAUCCCCGCGGACGCCCGUAGUAAUGCGCCCCCUCUGGAAAACCUCUACCCUCUCUAACAAAUCAGGCCAGAUCCGCCCCUGUCUGGCACAUUUCUAACUAGGUUUUGGCUGGCCGUCUAUCAUAACAUCGCGUAUUAUAGUGAUUGGGUUAAUAAAAAUUUUCGCUUUAGGUAAAGUGCCUUAACUGUGGAGAAGAAAAUCCAUCGUGGAUCUAUGUAACACUUGAGGUUUGAAGAACGUACUCGAACAAAACACAAUAAUUAUUUUAUAAACUCUGUAAGGCUAAGCCAGGUCCACAAUAGAUUUCGCAGGAUACUGUAUAUUUUGGUAACGGGAAACGGCAUGCAAGGGAGAAAAACUUGAUUUCCAGUACCAUUGUAGACCUUCGUACACUUGGCAUUUUCCUAAGAGCGCCAGCAUACUCAGAUACGCAUUGGGCAUUAAAUAUGGAACGAUGGGAUAGACUUUUAUUACUGUUUAUUUCACUUGCCCCCAACGGACUCGUUUCCAUGUUUUACCAUCGCAGGCACACAUGAAGGUUCUAUCCCCAUGUUUCUUGCACGAAUAUGUUUGUCUUUGCCAUCUUCAGCCCAACAACAAACCUAUCCCUAACCCUACUGUGCACGAAAAACGAGGAAAUAACCGCAUGAAAACGAGGCCAUUGGGUCAAGAGUGCAAUAAACAAUGCAGUUUAUUAAUUUGACAGAUUUGAAAACAAAGUUACGAGUUACAGUAAUAUACUACUAUUGAAUAUUUUGUCAAACCUGACUUUCAUUUACUUUAAUAUUUCAGGAAAGUCAAGCUAUCAAAGGAAGCAGAGGAAAUGCAAACUUUGUUACACAUUGUAAACUUUGUGGAAGACAGAAUUCAUUAGGUACCUAGAGGGAAUUAAAUUACGUAUCACGCAUAAAUUAUACAAUAAUUCCGUAUUCAGUUUACUCUACCCGACAAAAAAAAGACAAACGUUUGCUAAUUUCACUCAAUUUUCAUCCAAAUUUAAACAAUUUGUCCUUGCUCCAUUAGUCCCACAAACUUUCAUACUAAUACGUUUGAUGUUUUUAACAAACAACGCGCACGCACGCACGCAAGCAAGCACGCACGCACGCACGCACGCACGCACGCACGCAAGCAAGCAAACAAACACACACACACACACACACACACACACACAUACAACUACAAACGCGGAUGAAAACAUGUCCUCCUGGCGGAGGUAAUUAAUGGAGAGUUACUCAAGGGGGUUAUUAUACUCACGUCCAAUGCACAGUUCUGUUUUAAUCAGGGCAUUUUUUAACUAUAUAACUGGGGGGGCCAAAGCCCCCCCAGCCCCCAUGGUGGCCCCCCCACUCAACCAUUUUGGCCCCCCCAGUCAAAGUCCCUUUUCUCUAAAAUAUAAGCAAAACAUGGAAUUUAGAAGGGAGGUUUGAUAUUCUAGUAACUGAAAUUUGCGUUGUGAAUCUUAUGUCCUGUCUUUUAUGUUUAAUAAAUACCUAACCUGAUACUCAGGUUAAUAAAUACCUUAUUAGAUUUUAAACAUUUCCCAGGCAUGGAUUGCAUUUCCCAGACCCUAUAGAUUUGAGUUGUUGGACAAGUUAGUGACCGCAGGGGGCAACAGGCCCUCAACCAAGUGUUUUAUAAGGGGGGGGGGAUAAUUUUGGCCCCCACCAAAAAAAAAACAAUUUGAUUUCGAAACUAGAAGUAUUUGAAAUCAUUAUACAUAUAAUCAAAUAUCUGUAAUCGAUAUUUUGAUAAAAUUUCUCGUAAUAAUCCAUCCUGACUCGCGGAUAUCAUAGACUCACAAAUCAUAAUGAACGAAUUAAUGAAAGGGCCAAACAAAAGACGUAUAGAAGACUUUGAAAAUGCCAUUUCCGAUGAUUUAGAGACGCAAAAUUUUCAAAAAUUUUCCGCUCUGUGCCAACCAUGGUGGCGCUUCGUGGGAGUCGGGAACUCUAAGUUUAUCAAGCUGGCUCCCUAAGUGACGGCCAAGUUGUGGUAUCUACAUAAACAUACUAUGCAAGUACUUAACUGAAGGUUCAGUCUAUCUACAGCAUAAUGUAAUGCUGUAUAUCCAAAAAUCUGUUUCAGAAAAUGCAGGAAAUUGCAGCCAUAGGGGUAGAAAAAUACAAAAAUUUUCUGGGGGAGAAAACCCCAGACCCUCUCCAGUCAUUCAUUUUUCAAAAUCAUGCAGACCUUUAUUAUUUAAUCCAUGACAAACUGCAAAGAAUGAAGAUAUUACCCAUACUUUCCUGCAACUUAUCCAAUAUAUCGUUAAUUAAAUACACCUUCGUCCAUUUAGUACUACUGAAUUCUAAAUUUCCACAUACUAAAAACGCUGUUUUCUGACAAUCAGAAAUCUGUCAAAUCUUCCCCAAAGUCCAGGAAAUGGCAUUUCAGAGACUCUAAAUUUAAAAAUUUCCUCGGGCCUUCGGCCCUCGCUUUCAGCCCCCCCCCCCCCUCCAAAACGAAAAGAGCUUCCUACGGCCCUGCUCUCCCCCCCCUACUAUUAAAUGCGAUACCACACCAAACUUUUUGUUACCAACAAACCAUCUAUCAUUGCUCCACACUCGGUAUAGUAUGGUCCCUUUUUGUAGAUGGCCCCCCCCACUGACGAAUUCUUAAAAAAUGCCCUGGUUUUAAUUUGCCUGUUUUUUCUCUCUUUAUAGAUAUCAUGAAAGACUCCAUUUGUUCAUACAGAGUAUGUAAUAUACAGUAUAAUAAAAUUUCUUUCAUCAAAUUUAGUUUCAAAACUGCACUUCUAACGUGCCUUUGUGGAGGUGUUUUAAUGUUGAUUAUGCUUCGUAAAGCUAAGUUUACACGCUACGAUUUGUCGUGUACGAUUCGUAUUCGCCAGUAUUAAAAUGAGUGCUGGCGCCAUAAUUCAUUGCCGUUUCGUUAAAAAGAAAUUUCGAAUGUAGCCAGCUUACGCGUGUUUACUCAAUGACAUACGCCAGAAAACGAAUCGUACACGAUUAAUCGCAGCGUGUAAACGUAACUUUAGCCAUUUUAAGCCAUUCCGAACCAAAUUUUAGCUCGAGGUUUAUGCUAUAUUGAACAUCGCACUAAUAAAUAUUUAACAUUUUUCCAGAUUCAGGACAACAACACAUUUAAAAGUAUUGUAUCGUUUGACUGUCGUGGACUGGAACCAACUGAUUUUUCUCCCCGAGUAAGUGGAAACAUAAGAACUUUUUAAAUUUCUUUCAAUAUACUCUUUCGGUAAUUACGUCAUAUUUCCCCUUGGCCUGCGAUGUCCCUCAUUCUCGUGAAUGAAGAGCCAAUCGCCUUUUGCCUCGAUUCAUGAGAGGGAAGUUCCUGACACUCCCAGGUCAAAGAAGUAGUAGCGAUGUAAUUAUUGAAGGGUUUAUUUUGCAUCAUGUUUGUGGAAGUAAGAUUCGUUUUAUAUAACAUAAUUUUAUAUGUGUUACAUCUACAAUCUCCGAUAAUAAUGUGACACCUAUUGUAGGGAUUCCCCCCCCCCCUGCCCCUACUCAAUGUUGGUAACUCAUGAGGUUUUCACUACACUGGGAGACAGGACUUACAAAUAACAUAUGGGUAGUGUCACGGUUUUGUCUGAGGUUGUAGUUCCUUUGCUUUAGUUUUCUUUGAACUACCGAACCAUUUUGACGUUCCCAGUGAAGCUCUUCCUUAGUCUACGCUGCUUUAAUCUAAAACCUCCCGAUGAGCAGUCUUCGCUCGAAACUCCAAAUUUUUUUCCAGUGAGCUCCAUAUAUAUCUGGAGUGAGAACUCGAGUCCAAAAAGUAAAGCCGAAGAUGGAGGUAUUGGACGUCAGUUUUAGUCCCUUUCUAUUGUUUUUGUCUGCGCGGUCUGCAAGGAGUGUGCCGAAAUUUCGUAUUUUACAUCGAUUUAAAUAAUAUAAUGAUGGUUUUAUGAACUGAUGACUUAAUUAGCAAUACGGUCCGUUGGAAUUGGCUGGGAAAAUGACGUCAAUUCAAAUUCUUCAUAUUUUCUUUUAGGGCUGAAGUUCUAGGUUCAGAUACAUAUAUACAGAGAUCACUUUUUUCAUCUUAAACUAUUUCACUAAUCACUGCAACCCUUUCUCGAAUCCUACACUAAACCCAUAUUUUUCAGAUGUAAACAGACAAUUUCAUGUAUUUUCUAACGGCAGAUAAUUUUAGCAAGAAUGAUUGAUGUCCCCGCAAAUGAUAUGCGAGGAUAGAAUAAUUAUUAAUGUUUCUCCAGGUUGGUUUUGCUGCGAAAGGAGCUGAAAGCGAAACAAAAUUUCCAGAUAUCAACUUAACUGAAAAGGUAGCACAUAAAAAUGCAUUUCAACCCGUUGUUGUUAAAAUAUCCCGCCCACACGGGACCCUCUUAUUGGAUAUACAUCAAUAUAUAAGACACCCGCCUUAUGGUUCUCUCCACUUGACGCCACUCAGCCAAUCUCGUGCCCAGAGCAUGCUCAUUCGCAGGCUCAUGGACCUCGGCGCCUCGCAAUGAAAAAAGAUACUUUAAUUUAUAAAUACUAAAGUUUAAUCAGGGUUAUACCAAUCAACAGACAAUUUUAUUAACCUUGAAAAAUCACUAUCCGAUGGAUAUGGCGCUUUCUAGCCUUCGUACAACCGGCCCCAGAUGUAGAGUUGUCCAGGAUGAAUAAAUUUAGAAAUAGGAGCAAACGUUUACUGAAAUACAUAAACAUGUUCUGUGUUAUAGAUAUAGGGUCUGUAUAUUAUGAGAAGAAACGGGAUUAUUUUUGUUUCUAUAGGAAUGGGCAGAGUAUGAUGAAAGUGCACAAGAAGCUGUUGGGAUUUACGAAGUAACACAUCAAUUUGUUAAGCUCUAA